CUAAGCAACCAAACACGGCGGUUGCUCAAGUAAAAUUUGCUUAGGGGACGGAAGCGAAGCUUCAUUCGCGAUAGUGCAAACGACACACACGAGGGAUUCUCAUUGAGAAUACAACUGGACGUUGGAGAACGUAACGAAAUGAACUUUUCGAUCAGCGAGACCAAGUGGGUAAAGCUCGGGAAGUCUCACGACUUCGUCUUCGUUGGAAAAGAGACUGUCGCAACAACCUCCGGCAUUUAUGUGAGUUUUUUGAAUCUAAACACGAGAGAAAGGCGGAUCGAGCGCUUCGAUUCCGAGGAAAGGGGCGACGGCGCGUCGUGCUUAGCUGGACAUCCCAUAGUUUCCAUGUUUUCCGUAGUCGAGAGGAAACCUAAUCCCAAGAUUUCGAUAUUUAUAUACCCGACGCUACAAAGGAUUUCCAGAUGCGUACUACCUGACAAGAUAAAUGGUUACUUAUUCUGUUACUUCGCUGGCACGGAGUAUCUCGUGAGUUUAACCACUUUCCCCGAUUUUCGUAUAAUCGUGUGGCACUGGAAAACAGGCAAACACGUCGCGGCGCUCAAUACGAAGAUAGUCAGCCUCACUCAAGAAAUUUCCUGCUCGCCGAAUCCACCGCACUUGGUAUCGCAACUUGCAGCAGCCGAUGGCUCACUUUCGGUCUAUCAGGUGCGCAUGUGCUCGAAAAUAGUAAGUAUACAUCACGUGGACGUGCCAUAUCCGGAACACAGAGUUGUGUCUUCGUCGUGGACCCCGGAAGGAAAUCUAUUCGUCUGCGACGAGCUCGGCAAUGUAUGGCUCAUGGCGAUAGAAGCUAACAAAUUAUACUCGGUAGUUAAAUUGGAAACGUGCGCACCACCGAGGAACAAACCGAUUGUCGUCGCUUACAGGAGCGGCGUGAUACUUGUGAACGCAGCCAGUGAAAUUACAUUUUACAAGAAGUUGUCAACCAACUGGGACGUGUCGUGGCAAUUCGUCUGGUCGAUUUCGACGACUUAUCAUUCCAUCCGGGCGGCGAAGCGGCACAGCUGCAAAGACGGGCUUCUACUCCACUCGAAAAGUGGAGAAAUUUUCGAGAUCAGCAUACAUCACGACAACGUCCCGCGCGUGGAAGUUAUAUACACAGACGAUAUGGAAUACAAAGCACUGCUUUCCAUCUCUCAACGCGCGGAUCACGUCGCUGCGAUAGACCAGCUGGAUCGUCUGUGCAUUUUCGAACUGUCGAGCGGCAAACUAAUAGCGAGAUUGUCUCUGAGACAUCACGGUGAAGUUCUUCGUGCAGAUUCACACCCUACCCUGCCGAUGCUCGCGUCGUGCAACGUUGCUGGCAGCUGCAUCUUCGUCGACGUCACGAGCGUCUCAUCGCCCAAGAUUUUCAGCUGCUUUCAUCUUCACAGAGACCCCUUGGACAAGAUGAAAUUCUCGCGCCGUGGCGAAUUUUUGGCACUUAGCAACUCCCGCACUGGCGAUAUUUUCAUCAUCGGCAAGCCGCUCAAACGGCAACGUGCGGAUGUUGUUGGCCACUUGGAAAUCGGCGGACACAUGAGACAGUUAUCUCUCGUGGUUGACUUUCUGGUGUACGAGAGGGGCGACGAUCGCUUCGAAAUCUUGGUCCUCGUAACGGCAAAUCCUGCCAUGGCUCCGGUUGGCGGCAACAAAGUGAUCGUGUACACCUGCGAGAUCUCCAGCGAUUUCUGCGCGCAUGCCACUUGCGUGAUAGAUCUAUCGCGACCCUUCAGAAUGCUGUAUCAUGGAUCGAGCGAGCCCCUGGGCAUAUUAGGCGUGCCGUCUCUCUCCAAACAGUUGUACCAGAUGGAGAUACAAAAUGACUUUCAAGACGUCGCUCUUACGAAAAGACUCUUCGCGGUGCAUCAGAUGAGGAAGAUCGGGAUGCACGUGACGGAAUCUCACGUCGUGACGUACGGCUACGACGGCUUAGUCGUGGUCAGGGACUCCGCGGACCUUGGGAGAGUGUUGGCGAUCUUGAUGCCGCAGCAUCGAAGCAAGGGCGGAGUAAAGUCCGCGAUCUAUUCGCGCCUCGGCGAAACGGUCGUCUCCCUCGGCAGGAACGGCGAUCUAGCUGCUAACCGAGUCCGCUUGCCGGAAACCAGAGCGAACUUGGUAGAGACCGAGGCUGCGAGCACGCGUUUGUCGAUGGAAGAUUUCUCUUACGGUCCGAGCGAACUUCACGGAAGGGAAACCUGGUUGGACAGCGUAAUCGCAGCCAAGCUCCAAGCCGAACGCGACGAAGCUCUGCUUGAGCGGGCUGCCAUCGUGGCCGACUUGAAGAGGAUAAAGGACCAGAUACGCGAGCUCCUCGAUAGGAACGAGAACAAGCCGCCAGACGUCCGGCUGCCGAUUUCGACCUUCGACUUGGACCGCCAGUUUCGGCAGCGGAAAAUAGAAGAGGCGCGCCUCGAGCGGGAGGAAUUGCAUCGAAGCCUCGAGGAGGAGUGCGUUCGACGAGAUCAGGUGGUGUCGUAUCUGCGCGAGAUAUUCUGGACACCGCUGCAGGUGAAGCCGUGCGCUCUCAGAUCCAUCGGCGGCGAUACGAAAGUCCAUAAUUAUCCCCUCGUCGCUUCGAGCCGGAAGACGAACGACUUUAAAAUAUGGGACAGACUCUCUUCGGACGCCGACGAAUUUGUAUACAGUUACGAAUUAGCAGACGACAAAGAUGAUUCAAGACGAGCAUCAUUGACAAGUCACUCCGAUGAUGAGUCUUCAACGGCUGACGACGGGAGGAGUAAAGUGCAUGAAAUGGCUAAGAAGUGGUACACGUCGACGGACGAAACCGAGAAGUCGCGUAUAUCAGGUGUUACGACUCACAAUUGGAUCGGGGAUGAAAGUUUAGCUCUAACGCAUCAGCUGUUAAUGCCAAGCAACAGUAAUCUGGAGACCAUCUUGAGCAACGACAUCAUGAUCGAAAGUCGAGAGCGUAAAUUAAAAGUGCAUUUCAACGAUCUCUUCGAGGAGAUGAGGCGCUCAAAGGAGCGCGAAUUAAAGCGCGCAAAGGAACGCAUCGAAAGACUUCGGUAUUGCGCUGCUGAGUUGAAGAGAAUGUUUGGAAUAGACUUCUCGCUGGGGCCGAUCGAAAUGCCGACCUGGAGCGUCGAUGAGAUACCCGAUUACGCAGUCACCGUAGACGACCGCGAAGUACUUGAGAACCGAUCGCGCCGGGGGAAAUGUGCAGUCGAGACUGUUAACAAAGACCACGAAGACGGGGAGAAAGGCGAAGGAAGUAACGAUUUUCACAUGAAAGCUCUCGAUAAAAUGAUGGAUGGUGUGCUGGAACUGAGUUGGGAGGAUGAGGUGAAGAAGGAGAUACCUGUGCCGAAAUGCCUGAUUGUAAGAUACCCUUGGAAACGCACCGUCAAGGACACUGUAGUCAUCACGGUAUACAAGUUCAAGAUGAACGUGCUGAAGAGGAAACGCGAGAAGUACAAAGCAAUGCUGCGGACCGAGAUAGCGGAGACGAAAGAGGCUCUGCAAAGAGACAUCUUGGCGUUUAACGACAAGUUGAAGGACCUCGAGCUGAAGAAGAUGCGGAUAGAAUGCGCGAUCUUUCAGGAAAGGUCCAUCAGGAUGCGAGCGAUUCGGAAGCACCGGGCCGAAGCCGACGACAGGCAGAAGAUCGCUCGUCUCAGAGACCAGCAACUCGCACCGGCGACGCAAGAGGCACGCGAGCUCGCCGAGGAAUGCAAUUCGCUGGAAACGGUGGUGUCCGAGCAGAAAGUGCGAUACGAUAACCUCUGCAAGGCCGAGAAGCGCCAGGAGGCCAAGUUCCGCGGCGAAUUCGCGGACCUGAAGCAGCCGAUGGUGGAGCACCUGCUCAGGCACUACAAGAAGCGGCCCAGGCUCGGUCGACUCACCACCACGUCCGUCACGUACUUGACGGAGGUGGCCAGGUGCAUCGUGAGCGGCGACAAGUCCGAGAUCCUGCCACGCGAGUGUCUGGAUUUCCUCAGGGCCAUGGACCUGAUGGACACGAUGCCCGGGAACUUGCCGCCGCAGAUUAACAUCAACCACUGGCGGAUGAUGUGCAGACUGAGAAGAGCGAAGGUCGAGUUGGAGACGAAGGUGAGAUGCUGCGCGGUGGAGACGGCCGAGGCGGAGCAGACCUUGUCGUUUUAUCAGAAGGCGAUGCAGUCGGCUGAUAACGCUGUGGCGUGCGAGAGAGCCAAGCUGGAUAAUGCGGAGAAGACCUUGGCGCGACUCGCGGAGAAGAUGGAGGUGCAGCUCGUCCUGAAAACAGGCCAGAUCGAAGUCCCGCUACGAGGCUGCCCCGCCGACUACGCGAACGCCGUUCUCGUGACCCGCGAGGAACUUCUACGAGUCAACAAUUGCAUCGUCGAGACCGGAAAACGGAAGCUGACGGCGAUGCACAGAUCCAUGUACUUGCGGAAGGUCGUGCUGCGGCACGAGUGGCAGCACGCUUGCGCCAAGAUGAUGUUGGAUGAUUUGCAGCAAGAGCUGAGAGACGUUUGUCAAUUCAAGAUCACGAGAAACAUCCUCGAACAUUUGAACAAUGAUCCUCAUAACGUAAAUCUCGAGAAGGAUUACGAGAAAAUGCGAGCCAAUUUGCGAAUAUUUCAAAACAAAUUUCGCGGAUUGGUGGAGCUUGAACAAACACGUCUGCGAGAAGCGAAGCUGCUGUCGGCCAAGUGGAGGAGGAAAACCGACCGAAUAUCGAGGGAAAUCCGAUCGAGAUCGUCGGACGUCGAGGAGUGCUACAAGAUGCUGAAGGAUCCGCGUCGCGAGAAAAACGAACAAUCUCGGCGGAUGAGACUGACGAUGAUCGCGAGGCGUACCAGGCUCAUUAUGAAAGUCGCGGAUAAUUACGAGCACCUGCUAAUCCUGCACGCUCGUUUGGAAGUCUUGAAGCUGCGGACUUAUCCGACGCUGAGAUGCAAAACGUAAAAAGAAAUUUUAAAAAGAAAGCGUCGCUUCGGCAGAAGGAGGCGAAGGAUACAUGAAUAUGCAGAAGGAAGGAAGAAAAAUGAGCGCCGGGUGCAUUGGACGCAUCGGAUGCAUGCUUAAUCGGUUGCGUAAGAGGAUUGCUGCGGCGACCGAAUUAGCUUCACAUAUUGCGUCGCUAUUUAUUAUUGCGGUCAUGAUUUUUCCUUUCUUUA